UUUCGCUCUCUUCAUUCACAUCGCAGGGAGGACGCCUCACGUAGCGUAGGUAGAUUGUAAUUGCAAUAUAUUUACAGAACUGAAGUGCUUGGCUCUUAACACGCGGACGAGUUCACCCAGUCAGGAGCCGUAUUUUGGAGGUGAAGCGCACUGGAGGGGCUUUAAACUUUGGCCAACAAUAGCUCCAACCCCUCUCAGCUACGUGGUUUAACCGAUUAUUUUAGUCGCAAUGGCAGCGGUUUGUCAGCCACGACGAGCUCUCGUGGAAAUACCGGCCCCUCAGCCAAAGAUCGCAGCGCGGAUGAGGCGAUCCUACCAAGAGAUCAUAAGUUCCAGAGUGGUCGCGUCGCCCGUGAGAGCAGCCAGACCUGCCAGCACAAGACAGCGACAGUCACUGGAUUUGCCAGGUGAAGGGGUGUGGAGCGGGAGGACGGAACCUUGUGAGAGGAUGUAUGAGCAGCACACUGCCCUCUCCACGCAGCAGCUGAUCCAGCUGAUUCAAUCCCUCAUUUCAGUUGAACAGAGUCAAGAGUCCAGGAUAGCAUUUGACCUCAAGUAUCUUCAUGAAGAGUUGCAACUGAAAAAAGCCAACGUGUACCGGUCCAUCCCUUACUCUCGUUUUGGCUCAAACCGAGAUGCACACUGCUACAGAAAAGCCUAUCAGCACCUCGUGGCAUUCAAAGUGUCCUGUUAUGAGUGGGGCCAACUUCUUCUCCGGAACAAAGAGUGGGAUUGUGUGCUGGAACACGCCCUGGUGGCGUGGCGGUACACCAGCGAGCUUCCACAGUGGGACACGGCAAACCAUAAUGUUCUGAGGGAACAGUGUUAUGACAUUUUAGCAGCACACAUCCUCACUGCACUGCAGCACUUUCAACCCGAACCGAAGAGAGGACAGGAGUUACUGCGAAGAAUGAAGAUGGCUCAGUUCCACAGCCAAACCAUCAGGCCAUGUUUGGAAGAGCUGCAGAAGAUGAUGGCGUCUAAUGAUGAAAUGGAAACAAAAUAAGCAGGUGUUUGUUUAAAAACACAACUACUUGAAUUGACGAUUGCAAAAAAAAAAGAUAUUUGCAACUACCAACUGAAGCUGGGACCACGUAGUUGAUGACAUAGACUUGCAAAUGGUAUGAAUUGUCAUUUUAUUUUUUUGGUCUUGUGUCUAAUUUCUUUCAUGUCUGUCGAAUUGCACUAGUGUGUUUUUGCCCUGUGAAA